UCGAAGCAAGAUGUUGCUAAAACUUUUAUUAGUUUUCUGUGCCUUUGUGGGAUGCCUGACUCAGUCAGAGUACUUUGAAGAUAAUUUGGGAGGAUCGGGCAGCUUCAACGAAUAUAUUGCAUAUACAAGAGCUUCAGAAAAUGGAAGGGUGGGAAUACCAUUCAACACGACCCUAGAGUCCAUUGAAGCGGUUAAUUUUAACAGUAACUUAACCACAACUUUCAUUGUGCAUGGACACCAAGGAUCGGCGACAACAUCUCUCAACCCCACUGUUAAAGAUGCUAUAUUAACAGUCGAAGAAGCCAACGUUAUUAUAGUGGACUGGUCGCAAUAUUCACUGCAAAGUUAUGAGAACGCUGUCAAAGCAGUUCCCAGUGUUGGUACCUACUUAGCAGAUAUGAUUCAAGCCCUUCUGACAGCUAACGUUACAACCCUGGAGCAGGUUCAUUUAGUCGGCUUUGAUCUUGGGGCACAUGUGGUGGGAUAUGCUGGGAGAACACUGAACGGCGAAGUUGCGAGAAUCACUGGCUUAGAUCCAGUACGAAGAAGCUGGGGAGAGAACACCCCCCGCCUGAACAUAGAGGAUGCGAAAUACGUAGAGGUCAUUCAUACCGACACUGGUGGUGUAUUCCCCAAUGGGAUUGGAACUCCUUUGGGCCACGCUGACUUUUAUCCUAAUGGUGGAGGGAGCCAGCCUGGCUGUCUUCUCCAUAGGCCGUGUUGUCAUAAUCGCGCCUGGGAAUAUUUCGCGGCCUCUAUCACACACGGCCAUUUACAAGGAAACCAAUGUUCGUCAUUACUCCAAAUGAACUUGAACAGAUGUCGUGGUUUUCUUCACCCAAUGGGCAACAACGGUUUGUCAAAACUUGGAAGCGGAAUUUAUCGUCUAAAUACUAAAGGAACGUAUCCUUAUUUAUUGACUUGGUUUUAAUUCGACUAAGCUCCAUCACUCUUCUCAAAUAAUGUUACGAUAAAACAACUAUUAAGAUAAGA